GCUCCCGUGUCAAUCACUUCCAUUCCUCUCGUCAGACCAUCUGUAGCACUCAUAGCUACAGCUCUAACUCGAUUAUUUCCUAAUAAUUGCUGUACCUCACAAGUCACAUUAAUUUGUUGACCGGCUCGACCUUUAACUACCAAAGCGUUAUAAAUAUUAGGCAUCUUUCCUGGGGGAAAAAGGGCAUCCAGUACUGGGCCAAUAAUUUGAACGAUACGUCCUAAGUUUUUUUCUUCAAGUGUGGAAAUCAUAGGACCAGAAGUAGUAGGAUUGAUUCUCAUAAUAAAACGAAAUAUGUCGAAAUUUUUUUGGAAUAGUACCUAAUCAAAAAAUAAAUGUCCGAUAGGAAGUUGAUCGGUUAAUUCAAUAAGAAAUAAACGGGGUUAACACUGUAUUUAGUUAGUACCGUCCAAAGCAAUCCAAUUCCAUUGUUUACUGACUAAAUUUUCAAGUUCAACCAAUCCUUUUUUUAAUAUCAAGAACAGGAAUCAUGAGUUAAGUUAAGUAUGUUUCAUUUUUCUAUCAUUAUAGAAAAUACCGUCUAUAUUAUCUAUGGAAUUCCAACCCGAACUCGAUUUAUGAUUUAGUAUUUCGAUCUCAUUGGUUAUUGUUUUUUUGCAUAUACAUUUCUGUCUAUUCUUUUUUAUACCUUUUUCAUGGACGAAUUAUGCCUAUUUUCACAUCUAGGAUUUACAUAUACAACAUAUAUCACUGUCAAGAGUGCAUUUUUGUUAGUAUUUAUAGAUACUUAGAUGAAAAAUUAGAAGGGAAUCAAUUCAAUUAUAAACUUUCUAAACAAGGAUUGGGUUGCGCCAUAUAUAUGAAAGAGUAUAGAAUAAUGAUGUAUUUGAUUCAACAAAUACAUGGUCUAAUAACGAACCAUUUUAUCAUUUUAAUUAGUUGAUAAUAUUAGUUGACUAUUUUUUGAAAGAUUUUUCUCAGAGAUUUUAUUCACACGUAAUCCAUAUUGAGCAGACCUUGUCGUUGUGAGAAUUCUUAAUUCAUGAGUUGUAAGGAGGAACUUAUGUCACCACAAACAGAGACUAAAGCAAGUGUUGGAUUCAAAGCUGGUGUUAAAGAUUAUAAAUUGACUUAUUAUACUCCUGACUACGAAACCAAAGAUACUGAUAUCUUAGCGGCAUUCCGAGUAACUCCUCAACCUGGGGUUCCGCCCGAAGAAGCAGGAGCUGCAGUAGCCGCCGAAUCGUCCACCGGUACAUGGACAACUGUGUGGACUGAUGGACUUACCAGUCUUGAUCGUUACAAAGGACGAUGCUACCACAUCGAGAGCGUUGUUGGGGAGGAAGACCAAUAUAUUGCUUAUGUAGCUUAUCCUUUAGACCUUUUUGAGGAAGGUUCUGUUACCAAUAUGUUUACUUCCAUUGUAGGUAAUGUAUUUGGUUUCAAAGCCCUACGAGCCCUACGUCUGGAGGAUCUGCGAAUUCCUACUUCUUAUUCCAAAACUUUCCAAGGCCCACCGCACGGCAUCCAAGUUGAAAGAGAUAAGUUGAACAAGUAUGGCCGUCCCCUAUUGGGAUGCACUAUUAAACCAAAAUUGGGGUUAUCCGCAAAGAACUACGGCAGAGCCGUUUAUGAAUGUCUACGUGGUGGACUUGAUUUUACCAAGGAUGAUGAAAAUGUGAACUCACAACCAUUUAUGCGUUGGAGAGACCGUUUCUUAUUUUGUGCCGAAGCACUUUUUAAAGCACAGGCCGAAACAGGCGAAAUCAAGGGACAUUACUUGAAUGCUACUGCGGGUACAUGUGAAGAAAUGAUGAAAAGGGCUAUAUUUGCAAGAGAAUUGGGAGUUCCUAUCGUAAUGCAUGACUACUUAACAGGGGGCUUCACCGCAAAUACUAGCUUGGCUCAUUAUUGUCGCGAUAACGGCCUACUUCUUCACAUCCAUCGUGCAAUGCAUGCAGUUAUUGAUAGACAGAAAAAUCAUGGUAUGCAUUUUCGUGUACUAGCUAAAGCAUUACGUAUGUCUGGUGGAGAUCAUAUUCACGCUGGUACAGUAGUAGGUAAACUAGAAGGGGAACGCGAGAUGACUUUGGGUUUUGUUGAUUUAUUACGUGAUGAUUUUAUUGAAAAAGACCGAAGUCGCGGUAUUUUUUUCACUCAAGAUUGGGUCUCUAUGCCGGGUGUUAUACCCGUGGCUUCUGGGGGUAUUCAUGUUUGGCAUAUGCCUGCUCUGACCGAAAUCUUUGGGGAUGAUUCCGUACUACAGUUCGGUGGAGGAACUUUGGGGCACCCUUGGGGAAACGCACCUGGUGCAGUAGCUAAUCGGGUGGCUUUAGAAGCGUGUGUACAAGCUCGUAAUGAGGGACGUGACCUUGCUCGUGAAGGUAAUGAAAUUAUCCGCGAAGCUAGCAAAUGGAGUCCUGAACUAGCUGCUGCUUGUGAAGUAUGGAAGGAGAUCAAAUUCGAAUACAAGCCAGUAGAUACACUAGACGUGUAGACAUGUUAGAUGAAGAGAAAAAGAAUUUGGUAAUUCUUGUUUGUUCUCCUAAUUAUAAUUAAACUCGGCCCAAUCUUUUACUAAAAAAGGAUUGAGCCGAAUAAAAUAAAGAAUGAGUAUCUUAUACUAUGUAUUUGUAUAUAUCUUUGAUAUGUACACCCCUUGGAUCUUUGGAUUGGCGGAUUCUUUUUUAUAUUCCGCAAUUUCAUUUCAGACCAUAAAUCAAGCCAACGAAAGGGCUCCUUUUACCCCAUUCUGUAUAUUGUCUUUUUCGUUCCAUGCUACAAUAGAAACUUAAUCUAUUAUAUUAUUUGAUUAUAUAAUACCAGAUUGUAC